CAGGGGGAGGUGCUGCUUUAUUCUUAUCCCUGGAGGACAUUAGCUGGGUCAUGCACCCCACACUUUUCAGAUGAGAAAACAAACUUGUCCGGGGGGGUCACUCCCUGGGGACCUGGAUCAGACGGGGAGGCUGGGGCCAGCCACACGAUGCAGGCAGAGAGGCCCAGGCUAUGGCCACUGGAGGCAACAAGCAGCAGCUGUACCGGCAGAGGCUGCACACAGAUGGGUCCUCUUAGCCCUCUACCUUGACCUCAGGCUCUGCCCACCCACCAAGAGCCAGUGUUCUCAUGGGGCUGGCAAUGAAGGAGUGGCUGAAUAGACACCUGAGUCCACAUAGGCCAAGGAGCAAGGCCACAAGUGCAGCUCAGCAUGUGCUGUACAUGGGUUUGCUGUGUGUGCACCUUAUGGGGCCUCCAGGGUGGCAGGGAAGAGCCAAAUAUCUUCUGAUGGGCCCCAGCUGUGGUUAAGACUGCCCAGGACCUCCACUCCAUCCAGCAGAGCCAAGAGCCUCCACCUUUCCUAUCUGUGGAGGAACCUUCUGUGUCCUUGAGGUCUUCCCCAGAACCAGAGCCCAGCAGGGAGUGGCUACAGCCCUCCCUCCCACCACCCAGACGCACACCUGGGGCCAGCAGCUGGAGCCUAUUUGGUUACAGCCCUUGCUCCCUCAUUUGCAUGAACCCCUCCUUUGGGCCCAGCUAUAAGCUUGUCCUGGAGGUGGCACCUGCACACCAGCCAGGGGACACCCUAUGCAAGCACAGCCAGCCACAGAGUGCCAGUAGCUUCCAGGAGUUGGCACCAGGGCAGUGGAACAGUAUGGCAGGACCCGUGUGGGGUCACCUGUAGCCCUCUCUAGACUGACUGUGGACUUGGAUUAGAAGCCAGAAACUUCCUAGGUGUUUCUGUGUCUGGAAAAGACCUACAAGGCCCUGCCAUGCCCUCAUCCCUGACAGAGCUGGGCCUUAGGGCCUUGGAUGCUCACAGUAUACCAGUUGCUCUCAGAGGGGGCAGCCAUGGGGCCUGGCACAGGCAGGAGCCAAGACUACAGUCAGCACCCACUCAGAAGCUACCUUCCCAGUCACUGUGGGCCUAAGCGCCUAGUGGGAAUGACAAGAGUCUGACAAGCAGGGCACAUCAGCAAUCCCAGCAUUUGAGAGGCGGAGGCAGAAGGAUCACAAGUUCAAGGCCAGCCUGGGAGAGAGAACCUGUUACAAAAUAAAACAGGCUGAUAGGUAGGUAGUUCAGUGCCAAGGCCCUGAGUUCAGUCCCUCAAAACAAAAAAGUCCUAUGUGCUUGAAUGUUCAGGGCUCUGGAUGCUGAGGACGUGACAUGGCCCCUGGAACUUGGCAGAUGAGCAUAGCACUGGUUUUGUUAAACAAAUCCUCUGCCCCUCCCCACAGUCUCACUACAUAUCUGGGGCUCCUGAAACGCCUUGCUUUCUUUGCUGGAAGCUGCCACCUGCCAUGCCAGCGGUGGCUGUCCUGGGCCUCAGCCUCGUGGCUCUCCUGGGCCUUGGGAAGGGGGCCUUGUUAUGCCUGUCCCGGCAAUUCAGGAUGCAAGGGGAUUAUGUACUGGGAGGGCUCUUCCCCUUGGGCUCUGCUGAAGAGACUGAAUUGAACCAUAGGACGCGACCUGACAGCAUCAUGUGCCCCAGGUAUGGAGGUGACAUCCGGGGAAAGGGAGGUGAGGAGGCUGUGUGUCCCUGGGUCUGUGUUCCCAGGCCUGGGGUGAGAUGCCAGCCACCCAUGAUUCUGUGUGGCUUCAGGUUGUCGGCCACUGGCCUGUUCCUGGUGAUGGCUUUAAAGAUGGCUGUGGAGGAAAUCAACAACAGUUCCACUCUGCUGCCCGGGCUGAAGCUGGGUUACGACCUCUUUGACACAUGCUCAGAGCCUGUGGUUACCAUGAAGCCCAGUCUCAUGUUCCUGGCCAAGGUGGACAGCCGCAGCAUCGCCGCCUACUGCAACUACACACAGUACCAGCCCCGUGUGCUGGCUGUCAUUGGGCCUCACUCCUCGGAGCUUGCACGCAUCACAGGAAAGUUCUUUGGCUUCUUCCUCAUGCCACAGGUCAGCUACGGUGCCAGCAUGGACAAGCUGAGUAACCGGGAGACAUUUCCAUCCUUCUUCCGCACGGUGCCCAGCAACCGAGUCCAGCUGGAAGCCAUAGUGACGCUGCUGCAUCAUUUCAGCUGGAACUGGGUGGCUGCCCUGGGUAGUGAUGAUGAGUAUGGUAGAGAGGGUCUGAGCACCUUCUCAAACCUGGCCCAUGCACGGAACAUCUGCGUUGCACAUGAGAGCCUUGUGCUUCUGCCUCGCACUGACAGCCCAUGGCUAGGCAAGGUGCAGGAUGUGCUGCACCAGGUGAACCAGAGCGAGGUGCACGUGGUGGUGCUCUUUGCCUCAGAAAAGGCUGUCUACUCCCUGUUCCAGUACAGCAUCCGCCACAGCCUCACGCCUAAGGUGUGGGUGGGCAGUGAUGCCUGGCUGAUGUCAAACCUGGUCAUGACACUGCCUGGCAUCCAUCAGGUGGGCACUAUUCUUGGGUUUCUGCAGCAGGGCGCUCUCCUGCCGGAGUUCUCCAGCUACAUGGAGACCCAACUGUCCUUGGCCGCUGACCCAGCCUUCUGUGCCUCCCUGGGUGCAGAGCAGGACCUGGAGGAGGAUGUGGUGGGGCCACGAUGCCCUCAGUGUGAUCAAAUCACAUUGCAGAACCUGUCAGCUGGGCUGGUGCACAACCUGUCGGCUGGGCAGCUGCACUACCAGAUCUUUGCCACCUAUGCAGCCGUGUACAGUGUGGCUCAGGCCCUCCACCACACCCUGCGUUGUAGCACCUCCAGCUGUCCCGCACAGGAGCCUGUGAGGCCCUGGCAGGUAAGCACAGGGCAGGGGCUACAGGAUCACAGGCCAAAGCCAGUCUCGGUGGUCUGUAGCUUUUGGGUCAGCCUUGCCCCACCCUUCCCCAUUGUCCAGCUCCUGGAUAACAUGUACAACAUGAGCUUCCGUGUGCGUGGCCUGGAACUACAGUUCAAUGACACUGGAAAUGUGGCUAUGGAGUAUGAGCUGAAGAUGUGGGUGUGGCAGAGACUGACACCCAAGUUGCACACUGUGGGAACCUUCAAUGGCAGCCUCCAUCUGCAGAAUGCGCACAUGAACUGGCACACACCAGACAACCAGGUGCCAGUAUCUCAGUGCUCCCAGGAGUGCCGUGAGGGCCAGGUACGCCAGGUGAAGGGCUUCCACUCCUGCUGCUAUGACUGUGUGGACUGCAAGGCAGGCAGCUACCGGCAGAACCCAGAUGACCUCACCUGCACCCUCUGUAACCAGGACCAGUGGUCCCCAGAGCGGAGCACGCGCUGCUUUCCCCGUAUGCCCAGGUUCCUGGAGUGGAGUGAUCCACCCGUGCUGCUGCUGCUCUUGCUGCUGGGCCUGGUGCUGGGCCUAGUGCUGGCAGCCCUGGGGCUCUUCAUUUACCACAGGGACAGCCCACUGGUCCAGGCUUCAGGGGGGCCACUGGCCUGCUUUGGCCUGGCCUGCCUGGGCCCCGUCUGCCUCAGCAUCCUCCUAUUCCCGGGCUGGCCAGGGACUGCCAGGUGCCUGGCCCAGCAGCCCAUGGCCCACCUCCCGCUCACAGGCUGCCUGAGUACACUGUUCCUGCAAGCAGCUGAGACCUUCGUGGAGUCAGAACUGCCACCUGCCUGGGUGGCCUGGGUACACAGCCAUGUUCGAGGCCCCCGGGCCUGGCUGCUAGUGCUGCUGCUGGUCCUGGUGGAGGCAACACUCUGCAGCUGGUCUCUCACAGCUUUCCCGCCCAAGGUGGUGAUGGACUGGCAGGUACUGCCCAGGGAGGUGCUGGUGCACUGCCACAUGCACUCCUGGGUGGGCCUGGGCCUGAUGCAUGUCACCAACAUCACACUGGCCUUCCUGUGCUUCCUGGGCACCUUCCUGGUACAGAGCCAGCCUGGCCACUACAACCGUGCCCGUAGCCUCACCUUUGCCAUGCUGGCCUACUUUGUCACCUGGGUCUCCUUUGUGCCCCUUUACACCAACAUGCAGAUGCUGUACCAGCCUGCUGUGCAGAUGGGUGCCAUCCUCCUCUGUGCCCUGGGCAUACUGGCCAUCUUUCACCUGCCCAAGUGCUAUCUGCUGCUAUGGUGGCCAGAGCUCAACACCCCUGAAUUCUUUCUAGGCCAGGGACCAAGUGACACCACAGAUGGGAGUGGCAGUGGGGGCAGGGACAGGGCUCAGGGAGAGCCUGAGUGACCCCUAACCCUAGGACCUCAACUCCAAUGAAUUCAGCCCCUGUAGAGAUCCUCAAAAUCUGGACCAAUAACCUCCUUUUUUUUUUUUUUUUUUUUCCAUUUUUAUUGGUACCGGGGAUGGAACUCACAACUGCCUGCUUGUAAGGCAGGCGCUUAUGCCGCUGAGCUAAAUCCCCAGCCCAAACCUCCUAUUUUUUAUUCUAACUACAAGCUGACCUUGACCUUGAACCCAGGGCUGCACUGUGUGGGAGGGGUCCACGAGGCCUGCUCCACUUUCCCAAAGGGCUCCCAGAGGUUCCUGGGGGCCCACAACUACUCAGCUAGGAAACUCCUGGCCAGACAAAGGGAGCCAAGUUAGGCACCACUUGCCUCACCGUGCCCUAGGUAGGCCUGGAGCAGUCUGCAAAGCCCACCCAGGAGGGAAGGGGUGGCAUCCAGCCUGACCCAGGUCAAGCCAUAGGAGGGGGCUCUGCCUGCCACCAGUACCUCGGACAGAGCACGGGUGGAGGUGGGCGUCAGCACCACGGCCAGCGUCUGCAACCAGGACCCCUGAAGCCAGCACCAAGGACAGAAAACACCAAGGACAGCACCCCGGACAGAGCCUCGUGGCAGGCACAGACUGAAGAGAAUGGCACCAGUCUGGGCCAAGGCGGCCUCCAGUCAGUCUGGGGUCAGCAGUGGAUCCGCCCCCAUAUCUGAGUCCCUAGAGAGCCCACAAAGAAUAUGGUCACAGGCCGAACACCAGCCCUAUAAAAUUAAACGCUUUUUAGUGUUUAAAAUAGCA